AUGUCAUCCCCACCCCUCCCCCACCUAGCCCUCAUCGGAGCAGGCAUAACCUCCCUCACACUCUCCAUUCGCCUCUCGGCCCUCGCCAUCCCCCACACAAUCUACGAGCAAUCCGCCUCCUUGACUGAACUCGGCGCAGGUCUCGGCUUUGGUCCCAACGCCGUCCGGGCCUUGGAAUACAUCGAUCCGAGACUAGUAGAGAUAUUCAACAAAACAGCCACCUUUGUCGGCACCCCCUCCCAUCAAGGAAAAGAGUUGCUUGUUCAGGAGGGCAAGGGAGUUGACGAGAGGGUAUGGAUUGAGUUUCUUGAUGGGACUAAACAGGGAGGAGGUGAAACGCUGGAGCCGGAGUUUGUGAUUACCGCUGGGAAUGGCAGGGGGCAUGCGGCUGUUCAUCGAGGGCAGUGGUUGGAUGUUUUGGGGGGGUUGGCGGAUAAGGAGAGGAUAAUGUUUGGGAAGAGGGUUGUUGAUGUGGUAUGUCUUGAUGGGAAGAUGAGGAUUGUGUUUGCGGAUGGGACCGAGGCGGGGGCGGAUGGGGUGGUGGGGUGUGAUGGGGUCAAGUCCAAGGUGAGAGAGGUGUUGAUGGGGAUGUUGGGGGAGGGGAGGGAGAGGGGGAAAUGUGGGUACAGUGGGAAGUAUGCCUAUCGGUGUUUGGUGCCGUGGGGGAAGGCGGUUCAGGCGGUGGGGGAUGAUAGGGCUGGAGUGUCGAGUUUGCAUCUGCUGACGUUUCCGGUUCACAGACAGAGCGAACAGUUCUUGAACUUGGUGGCGUUUGUUACGGAUGAAGAUGGCCAGAUGUGGCCUCAAGAGGGGCCAGCCAGCCUGACUCUACCGGCUACAAAGGCGGAUGCACUGAGGGAUUUUGAGCAGGCUGGGUUCAGUGGCUCUGUGCGGCGGUUACUGGAGAUGACGAAGGAAAGGAUGGACAAGUGGGGAUUGUAUGAUGUUGCUGAUCGGCCGCUCUCCAAGUUUUAUUUUGGCAGGAUCAUGGUCAUUGGAGAUGCUGCCCAUGCAUCGACACCUCACCAUGGUUCUGGAGCAGGAUUCUGCAUGGAGGACAUUGCCGUGUUAGGGGCACUAUUCGAAGAAUCUAUCGCCCGUCAGUCAUUGACGGUCGAGACUUUGGAAGAUGUGUUCGCCGCUUUCGAUUGUCAAAGGCGUGAGCGAGAUCAGUGGCUUGUCAACAGUAGCCGAAGAGCAGCUGAUCUUUACCAGUGGCGGAUUCCAGACUUUCUGGAACCGAACAGCUUUGAGAAAAUGAAGGCGGACAUUGAGCAAAGACAAGAGCACUGCUGGGGGUUUGAUGUAGAGGCAGCGGUCAGAGAAGCAAAGAAGCACAUGAGUGAAAGGCUGACCCUUCACACACAAAGUUAA